UGUGGCCCUCUGAGCUGCCACCCCAAAAUAGACAGUGUUACGGCAUACGACAAGUAGGUCAGAAGGGUUUGAGUUAUCAGGAGAGACUGUUUUUAAGCCCUGAUAGAGACAAAUAUCGUGAAUCGUUUUGAGAUUCCUUUUUGGGCUCAUUAGCUUUACGUUGCACUGUGCGAUUAAAGUAAUAAUCUGGUCCACUUUGUUUGCCUCGGUCACGUGCGUGCGGCUCUGGAAUGACUGAAAUGAAACAUUACGUCUAGCUCGGAUUCAGAUUUCAUUACAGCACCCUCUUAAAGGCCCAGCACCAGUCAUCACGUUUGAAGCUUAUUCAAGAAGAAUAAGCCAAAUCCCUGAGACUGCUGAACCCCAAAAAUAUAAAGGUUGUAUGCUAAAUGUAAUUAUAUAUUUUACUUUCUGGCUUCCGACCAUUGUGUUAGAUAUUAACUGACCGCUAGUAGGUUAAUUUUUAAAAAUGUUAUCUCGUUCAGAAGUAGCUGUCAUAAGUGACUCACUUGUCCAAUGUAUGUUGAGCUUAAGGGGACAUUUCAUGGUCCAUUAGUUUUUCUUUUGCAAGUGAAUGGGAAAAAAAGACCCGUAAGAAGAGGAAAAUACUUGUCAAACAUCCACUAAAAAAAGAGUUAAUAUUUUUCCACUUUAAGAAUAUAAUUACAUCCUUUCACUUAUCUGGUCAGCCAUCGUUGUCAUGAAGAUGCCCCGCCCACGUCCUGACUAUAAUAAACUAUUAGGCCCUAUGAUGGACAGAUACAGUUUUCCCUCUUGACAGUUCGGUGAACCGUUUGUAGUGACACAAUUGGAAUACAUCACCUUUACUGCAUAUUAAAAGUAAAAUUCUUCAAGUUGCACAGAUAUUGCCGGAUUCAGCUCAAUGGAUUCCACACGCAGACUUGGGAAAUACAGAGUGGAGCGGGAAGUGCUUGAUGAGCAGAGACUGGAGGAGGUAACGCAGAGAAAAACACACUCUGAUACGCAUCCUUCUCUCACCGAAACCCUUAAAGACUCCUUAAGAUGUACAGCACCCAAACUGAAACGGAGUGUGUUGAGCUGCCUGCCAGUGUUGUACUGGCUGCCCAAGUACUCGAUCUGGGACUACGGCAUGCCAGACCUCAUCUCUGGCAUCAGUGUGGGCAUAAUGCACCUGCCACAAGGUUUGGCAUAUGCACUAUUGGCGUCUGUACCUCCUGUGUUUGGCCUCUACACGUCCCUCUAUCCAGCAUUAAUCUACUUCUUUUUUGGAACAUCACGUCACAUCUCCAUUGGUACAUUUACCGUGCUCAGCAUCAUGGUGGGUGGUGUGACGGAGAGACUUGCCCCAGACACAGAUUUCCUCAUAACAAAUGGGACCAAUAACACGGCCGAAGUGGACAUAACUGCCAGGGACUUGUACAGGGUGCAGGUGGCGGCUGCUACCACUGUCUUAGGAGGACUUAUUCAGGUGGUUCUGGGUUUGGUAAAGUUUGGAUUUGUGGGCACAUACUUGUCUGAACCUAUGGUGAGGGCUUACACAACAGCAGCUGCAGCCCAUGCUGUUGUGGCACAACUCAAACACAUCUUUGGAGUUUCUCCAGGUCGGUCAAGCGGGGCCUUUUCACUGGUGUAUACCCUGAGGGACGUGUGCCUGUUGCUGCCUCACACUCAUCUCCCCACACUGUGUGUCAGUGCUGUGUCCAUGGUGUUUCUAAUCUCCGCCAAGGAGCUCAACUCUUUCCUCAGCCCGAGGUUGCCAGUGCCCAUCCCCAUGGAGCUCAUCACAAUUGUGGCAGGGACAUUAAUAUCAACCUACACCUACUUGAACCGUAACUUCACUAUUUCAGUUGUUGGAGAAAUUCCUAAUGGUCUAAGUUAUCCCAGUGUACCGGAUACAAGUAUUUUUAAAAAAGUUAUUGGUGAUGCUUUUGCAUUGGCAAUGGUUGGAUACGCCAUUUCUAUUUCACUGGGAAAAACAUUUGCACUGAAACACGGAUACAAUGUGGACAGUAACCAGGAGCUGGUGGCGCUGGGUCUCAGUAACGCAGUGGGAGGUUUCUUCCAGUGCUUCUCUGUCUGCUCCUCCAUGUCUAGAAGUCUCAUCCAAGAGACCACCGGAGGAAAAACACAAAUGGCUGGAGUGGCCUCCGCUCUCAUUGUGUUGGUGACCAUACUGAAACUUGGACCUCUGUUCCAGGAGCUGCCAACGGCUGUCCUCGCAGUGAUCGUCUUGGUAAAUCUCAAGGGGAUGUUCAAGCAGUACUCUGACAUUGUCACACUGUGGAAGCGCAGCAAGAUCGAUCUGGUAGUGUGGUUGGUCACUUGGGUGUCAACCAUGCUCCUCAAUCUGGAUCUGGGUCUGGCAGCAUCAAUCAUCUUUGCUCUGAUGACUGUCAUCUUCCGAACGCAGAUGCCAACAUACUCUGUUCUGGGAAAUGUUCCAGGUACAGAACUAUACGUAGAUAUGGAGACCCACAGAGAGGCAAGAGAGAUUCCAGGUGUUACUAUAUUUCGCUCCUCAGCCACAGUAUAUUUUGCCAACGCUGAUCUCUACCUCGAAGCUCUGAAAGAAAAGAGCGGGCUCGAUAUCAGUAAAAUGAUUAUCUAUAAGAAGAGGCAGGAAGCCAAACAGAGACGUAGAGAAAAGAGGGCUGAGCGGCGGGAAAAAAGGCAAGCCAAGAAAGAGAGACGGGCGCUCGGAGCCAGUGAGCCGCCGUCCGGAGCGCAGGUGUUCUCUGUGGAGGAGGAGGCCACCCGCUGGAGGGACACAUGCGUGGACGGGAUUGUGACCGAUGAGGGGGAGCAGGGCCGGGCCGAGCGGGAGAACGGCACGGUGUUUGUCGUCCCGGUUAGCCCUCAAACGCCAGACGGCCCCUGCAGAUGGGAGUACCUGAAGGGAGGAGAGCCAGACAGCACCAGCCUGGGGUGGAUGUCUGAGCUGCAGGACGGAGACACCACCACUCUGGGCUCCAGCAGCGAGGACACGCUGAGUCGCGACCUGGAGCGCGUCUCUCUCGGGUCACUGGGCAAGUGGACCUGGGACAUUCACUCCAUCAUUAUUGACCUCUCCACGGCUAACUUCAUCGAUACGGUGGCUAUCAAGACCAUGAAAAAUAUUUUCCAGGACUUCAGCAAAAUUGACGUGGAUGUUUACUUGGCUGGUUGUCAAUCCUGCGUGGUGGAACAGUUAGAGCUUGGUGACUUCUUCUCCGAGUCGGUUACCAAGAGGCAUCUUUUUGCCUCCGUUCACGACGCUGCGCUCUACUGUCUGGAUCACCGUGGAGCAGCAUCCCUUCCCCGACACGAGACUUCAGUGGACACAUACGACGGCACAAAGCUUUAAAGACUUUGACCAAAGCACUAAUGGUGGAAAGACUCUCUCAAUCUCAGCGUUGACUGGGCAAAUAUUAGAAAGCUUUCUAAUAUUUCAUUUGUAAAUAAUAGAUGUUAAUAAUAAGAGCUGUUUCGAUCACAAUACCUGCAAUUUUGGACUUGCAUACACGCGGAGACCCGAGCCGGGAUUUUAGACUGUAGCGAAGGCACAUCCAACUCUACAAGACGAUUGAUGACUUUUAUUUAUAAUUAGAAAUCUUAUCUUUAAAAAAGGAAGACAUAAGUUUAAUGUAUCUUUAUUCAAAGUGGGAGGACAAUAAAGGGCCUUUUUAGUGAAAAUUACAGGUAAUAAAAUGAAACCUCUCAACAAUAGCUUUCAAGAAGAAUCUGUUAGAAAAUAAUUCAAGGAACAAAUACGAGACAACAUGCAUCACACAGACAGUGUGAGCCUUUUUUGGUAGUGGCAGCAUUAACAAGGUAGGACAUUAAAAUGUUUGCAGUAGCCAUUUCAAUUUUUAAGUGCAAUUUCUGCUUAUAGCAACAACAAAAAGACAAUCUGUGAAGCUAAUGCAUGCAAAGGGAUAUUUUUUGUCUCAACUGUUCUAGUGCAACAUUACUAAAGUCUCUAGUGCAACGUUACUAAAAUGGGAAAUUCAAAAAUAACAUACGGAUACCAGUGUUUUAGUCAAUAAGUUGUAUGCCUCACUGUGCGAUCAGUCUUGUGUAAUGUGUAAAGCAACAUCCGACCUGCCCCAAACAUUGCUUUCUUAACUUUGAUAAAAAAAUGUAACAAA